CAGCGCCCAGGGCACAGGGAGUUAACUGUGCUGACAGGACCGGAUCGCCGCCGAGCUCCACCGGUUGUCUGGAUAGAUCGAUCAGCGAGACCAUGGAGAGCGGAUUCACCUACGAAGAUUACCAGAACACCGCACGAUGGCUCCUCAGUCAGACCAAGCACCGGCCCCAAGUGGCAGUGAUCUGUGGUUCUGGGUUAGGAGGUCUGGCUGACAAAUUAACACAGGCCCAGUCCUUUGACUACAGUGACAUACCCAAAUUUCCCCGAAGCACAGUGCCAGGCCAUGCUGGUCGGCUCGUGUUUGGAUUCCUGAAUGGUAAAUCCUGCGUGAUGAUGCAGGGCAGAUUCCACAUGUAUGAAGGAUACUCGCUCUGGCAGGUGACAUUCCCUGUGAGGGUUUUCCGGCUUCUGGGAGUGGAUACCCUGGUAGUCACCAAUGCAGCUGGAGGGCUCAACCCCAAGUUUGAGGUUGGAGACAUCAUGCUGAUCCGUGAUCAUAUCAAUCUACCUGGUUUCUCUGGUCAGAAUCCUCUCAAAGGGCCCAAUGAUGAAAGGUUUGGAGAUCGUUUCCCUGCUAUGUCUGAUGCGUACGACCGGCAUAUGAGGCAGAAAGCAUUCAGUGUCUGGAAAGAAAUUGGGGAGAAGCGGGAGCUCCAGGAAGGCACCUAUGUGAUGUUGGCCGGCCCCAACUUUGAGACUGUGGCAGAGUGUCGCCUGCUGCAGAAGCUGGGGGCGGAUGCUGUUGGCAUGAGCACAGUACCAGAAGUUUUGGUUGCGCGGCACUGUGGACUUCGAGUCUUUGGCUUUUCACUCAUCACAAACAAAGUUGUCACGGACUAUGAGUGCCGGGAGAAGGCCAAUCAUGAGGAGGUUCUAGAAGCCGGGAAGCAAGCUGCCAAGAAGCUGGAGCAUUUCGUUUCCCUUCUUGUGGCUAACAUUCCACAUUCUGACAAUGCCUAGUGACCACUCCUGCACUCCUGGAGUGGGCAGCUGCCUCCCUGAGGGAGCCCAAGUGGCUGCUACCUACUUGGCCCCUUGCUAGUGCCUCUGCUCUUAGGUAGCAGAAAGAAAAUGUCUAUGUCUAUCUUCAUGUGCUCUAAUUUCUCCCAUCAGACCUUUCUGGGACCACGUCCUCUUGCUCAGUUGUCUUCUCAAAGCAGUUUUUCUACCCCAUUCUGGAAGGACUGAGCCCAGUGCCCUACCACACCUGAGGACACACCCGUGAUUUGACACAGACCUGUAAAGGCCUAAUGAUAGCUACUUCUAGUUCUCUGAGAUGACACUUUCAUGUCCUUGGGGCUCUGUUCUGCCUCACUCACUACACUAGAGCGCAAAGAAGGACCUGCUCAUACCCCAUAAUAUUUUCAGAAUAAAGAGAUGAAA